AUGGAAUCUACCCAUUACGAUCGAAAUCAACAAUGUCAUCCAGUUCAUGGAUGGAUAUCGUCGAAUAUCAAUCGCCAAUUGAAUCGAGCUUAUUCAAACAUAACCAAAGAAUCUUCUGAACCAUCUCCCGCUAUAGAAGAGAGUAGUGAAAAUACGUUGAUCAAUCUGAGAUCAGGAGCAAUUCAAGUCAAUUCAACAAAUUCAUUGGGUAUUGAUGAAGCAUCAUUAGAUAUAAUUACUGAUGCACAGCUGCCUGGCAAUGUAAUGGUAUUAAUACAAGUAGUAGAAUGCAUGGGUUGUCCCUAUGAAACACUUGCAAAUGCUUUACCGCCUUCCCAAGCGCUGAAUUUAACAUUUAAUACUAAAUACACGUAUCGUGUACGGAUCGAAUUCAACAAUAUGACUGUUUGUCGCGAAACGUUAAAUUUGUAUGAACAUGGUCAAUAUGUAUUUAACAUUCAAUCAAAUGGUAGCGCGGUACCAACUAACGGUUCAUUGGACACGGGAAUAAAAUGUACACUAAUAACGCGUCGCUCAUCGAAUAAUAUUUAUAUCCCUUUGAUUGUUGGUGGUGUUAUUGUAUUAGUAUUGUUUAUUGCUUGCAUCGUUGCUCAACGUGUGAAAUUAACUGAGAAACUAUUAAAGAUGAAAGAACGCAUUUUUAAUCGUGUACCAUCGCAACAAUCACAAUCAUCUUAUGAUCUACAACAAACGCAUGUAACAUCAGCUAUAGUUGGUUCAUCAGCAAUAUCUCCUCAUAUAACAAAUCAUCAUCAUGAAACAACAACAGCGACCAUUGAUUCGGUCGAAAAUCAUAAAUCAAUUCCACCGUUGAAAACGACCAAUGUUACUGUGUCUCGUUCAAAACGUUUACUGAGUUUGGAUGCAUUUCGUGGUGUGGCACUAGUAUCCAUGAUUUUUGUCAACUAUGGCGGCGGUGGUUAUUCUCAAUUUGACCAUGUACCGUGGCAUGGCAUUACAUUUGCAGACUUUGUAUUUCCAUGGUUUGUAUGGAUUAUGGGAGUGUCAAUUACUUUCUCAUUGAAAAGUAGUUUAGAUAAUAAUGUGCGCAAAAGAAUUUUACUUUGGAAAGUGUUAUUACGUGUCAUUAAAUUAUUUUUACUAGGAUUUAUUUUAAAUACGCGUUUUAAAGUCUUCUUAUCUGAAGUGCGUAUUUUGGGUAUUUUACAACGAUUUGCAGUUGUUUAUGGAAUAACAGCGACGAUUGAAGUUUUAUGUGCAAGAAAACACAUGUUUUCAUCAUCAACAGAUCAUUUAUCGACUGUGGGAACAACGACCACAGCAAAAACAACUACGAAUAGUUCAAAACGACUGUUAAAUAUAUUUCGGGACAUAAUUCAUUUUCCCUUACAAUGGCUAACAAUUAUCGGAUUAACAACUCUAUGGAUGUUGAUAAUUUAUUUAGUACCAUUCGGAGACUGUCCAGCAGGUUAUUUAGGACCAGGAUAUAUUGAUCGAAAAAUAUUUAGUGAGAAACAUAUCUAUGGAAAUCCAACUUGUCGACUUGUUUACGGAUGUAGUCAGGCCUUUGAUCCAGAAAAUUUACUGGUGAUGUAUCAAAGAGAUUUGGAUCGUCUCAUAAGAUUAAUUGCUUGGGGUAUAGUCACUACAGCAAUUGGAAUUGGUUUGACAGCUGGAACAUUAGAUAGUGGACCGAUGCCGUUGAAUAAGAAUCUUUGGACAUUAUCAUUCUCAUUAUUUACAGGUUUAUAUAUUUUAAGACAUUUUUUUCAUAUUAGCUCAAAAUGA